AUUUGAAGAAUAUCUGCAAAUUCCCACUUCGAAACUUCACAGCAUCAGGGCGAGCCAACGCAAGGAACCCUGCCAGCUUCGUCCAUACAGUCGCAAAACAUUCUCUUCAUUGAAUAUCAGAUCUCGAAUCUCCAUACACAAUGGCAGAAGAACAAAACGGAUCCGCUGCCUGGCCUGUUGCCGACCCUGCCUUGACGCAGGAAAUCCUCGACAUCGUCCAGCAAGCAUCCCACUACAGACAACUGAAGAAAGGCGCCAACGAGGCAACCAAGACUCUUAAUCGUGGUAUCUCUGAGGUUAUUAUCCUCGCUGCGGACACUGCUCCUCUAGCUAUUCUCCUGCAUCUACCGCUCCUGUGCGAAGACAAGAACGUUCCAUACGUCUAUGUCCCCUCAAAGACCAGUUUGGGCCGUGCCUGCGGUGUCAGCCGAGCUGUCAUUGCUGCCAGUAUCACCACCAACGAGGCUAGUGAUUUGAUGCAACAGAUUCGCAGCUUGAAGGACAAGGUUGAGAGACUCAUGAUCUAAGGAUUGGACUGGGUGGUCUUUUUGCUAGGACUACACAAAAUGGAGUAGUGGAGUAGUUGCGGCUAGGUCAUUCCGGUCUCUGAUCAGUUCAGAGAACUACAGAUAAACAAAAUUCAAGGCAUACCAAAAUCAG